AGCGAGCAUGGCGGUCUGGAACUCGGGCACCCAUCUCCUCCUACGUCUUUGGGGGAUGUAUGUGUCUCCAAGAAGCCCUGGAUGGGUGGACAUCCUCCAACACCUGGGAAUUUGCUCUUUUGUUGCUCUCAGUUCGGUGGGCCUCCUCUCGGUGGCCUUCCCCUGGUUUCUGUCCUCGUUCCUAGUCUUCACCAUCUCCUGGGCAAUCGCCUGGGUUCUGCUGUGCUGCUCCAAGCACGGGAGGUGUUUUGUGGCCCUCUUCUUCCUCUCCUGUGGCCUGCGUGAAGGCAGGAACGCCCUGAUUGCCGCCGGCACGGGGAUAGUCAUCUUUGGACACGUGGGGAAUAUCUUCCACAACUUUAAAGGGCUCCUGGACAGCAUGACUUGCAACAUAAGGGCCAAGAGCUUUUCCAUUCACCUGCCACUUUUGCAGAGGUAUAUUGAAGCCAUCCAAUGGAUUUACGGCCAUGCCACUCACCUGGAUCUAUUUGACGGCCUCGUGUCUUGGAACCAGACUCUGGCAGUCUCUCUCUUCAGCCCCAGCCAAGCCCUGGAGGCACAGCUAAAUGACACCAAAGGCCAAGUCGUGGGGGUCUUGUACCAGAUGGUGACGGCGGCCGAGGUGCUGUCCUCCCUGGGACGGCAGCUACUGGCCCUCGCGGGGCUCUUGCUGGUGCUUCUCGGCACGGGCCUCUUCAUGAAGCGGUUUCUGGACCCUUGUGGCCGGAAGUUUGAGAACGUCUACAUCACCAGACAAUUUGUUCGGUUCGAUGAGGGGGAGAGGCAUCAACAGAGGCCCUGUGUCCUCCCGCUGAGUAAGAAGGAAAGGAAGAAGUACGUUGUCAUCCCCUCCUUCGGACUGACGCCUAAAGAAAAGAAGAACCUGGGGCUGUUUUUCCUCCCCAUUCUUACCCAUCUCUACCUCUGGGUGCUCUUUGCAGCCGUCGAUUUUCUGCUGUAUCGGCUCAUUUUCUCAGUGAGCAGACAUUUUCAAAAUUUGCCAUCGCUGGAGGUUCACUUGAAACUGCACAGGGAGGUAGGCGCUCCCAGGCACCGGUGGGGGUAUCCUGGCUCUUUGCUGGGCUGUUUGAAAAUGGUCACGAACCUCACAAGGCAGGGCAGGGUCUCACCACCUCUGGGUCUCCGGCGCCUGGUACAGUGCCUCGCACGGAGAAGGAGCCCAUCGGAUGUUGGGUAAAUUGAAGUCCCUGUGUUAGAGUAUAUCAUUCUGAACAUGUUGGGUCACUGUGUUAGUUUCCUGUGGCUGCUGUAACAAAUCACCACUAAGUGAGUGGCUAAAACAACACAGAUUUCUUCUCUUCUACUUCUGGGGACCAGAAGUCUGAAAUCAGCGUCCCUGGGCUGAAAUCAGCUGCUUUGGCCGAGCACGUGCCCUUCAGCUUCUAAGGGAGAUUCCACUCUUUGCUUCUUCCAGCUCCUGGUGGCCGUUGGCAUUCCUUGGCUUGUGGCUGCAUCACUCCAUCUGUCUUCACAUCGCCUUCUCUCCCUCUGCCUCCCUCUCAAAGGACGCAUGUGAUUGCAGUAGGGUCACCAGGACAAUCCAGCGUAAUUUCUCCAUCUCAAGGUCCUUAAUGGGAUCACAUCUGCAGAGUUCCCCCUCCCCCACAUAAACCACAUUUACAGAUUUGGGGAUUAGAAUCUUAGGUAGUUGGGGGGCCGUUUUCAGCCUCUGAUAGUCAACAGACACUGAAAUGUGGGAAGAGGGGUCUCUGGUGAAACACAAAGUUGAUUCCUGGCAUGAACCGGACAGGUCAGAUUUAGGGCCUGCCUUCCUCUCUCCGCAGACUCG